AGAAACUAAAAGAAAAGAAAGAAAGGUUGGUGCUUUGUCUUUCUUUCUAUUGUUUGAUUGCUAAGAAAAGUAUCAAUCAAGAGAAAGCACAAAGAAGACGGAAUUUGGAGUCUUUGAUUGAUAAACUCGAUGAGAAUUCAGUUUUGAAAUGGUUAGUCUUACUUGAGUUUGGGAUAUCGCCUAACCAACAACUCUUGUUUCAAGAAGCUAUACCGUUGAAACGUCACUUGCUUUUGGUUGGGGAUCCAAGUUUGCUGUUGGUAUCGACUCAGAACUGCCAUCGGGGGGAGCUUGCUUCUCCUUAUUUGCGCUUCUUCAAGCGCGCUUCAUGACCAUGAUCUCUUGCCCCCUGCUCUCUUUUGGAUCUCGCUCGCAGAUCCACGACAACACCCAACCAAUUGCCAGCUUCCGUUUUGAUUCUCGAUGGACCCAACUUCUCGCCCCGCUGUCGUCAUUGACAACGGUACUGGAUAUACUAAGAUGGGAUUUGCGGGUAAUGUAGAACCGUGUUUUAUUCAGCCAACAGUAGUAGCUGUUAACGAGUCGUUCCUAAAUCAAUCUAGAACUUCUUCCAAGUCAAAUUGGUCAGCUCAGUAUUCAGCUGGGGUAAUGGCGGAUCUUGAUUUUUUCAUUGGAGAUGAAGCACUGACAAAAUCAAGAUCGAGUAAUGCUUAUAACCUUACAUAUCCUAUUAGAAAUGGUCAAGUUUAUAACUGGGAUGCUAUGGAACGGUAUUGGCAGCAAUGUAUAUUCAAUUAUUUACGGUGUGAUCCUGAGGAUCAUUACUUUUUGUUGACUGAGAGUCCUCUUACUGCUCCUGAGAAUCGAGAAUAUACAGGUGAAAUUAUGUUUGAGACGUUUAAUGUUCCGGGGCUUUAUAUUGCUGUGAAUUCCGUGCUUGCUUUAGCAGCUGGGUACACUACGUCUAAGUGUCAGAUGACAGGAGUGGUGGUGGAUGUUGGAGAUGGGGCCACACAUAUUGUACCUGUUGCUGAUGGUUAUGUUAUUGGGAGCAGCAUUAAAUCAAUACCGAUAGCUGGAAAAGAUGUUACACUCUUCAUACAACAGCUCAUGCGGGAAAGAGGAGAGAAAAUUCCACCGGAGGACUCAUUUGAAGCAGCUCGAAAAGUGAAGGAAAUGUACUGCUAUACAUGUUCUGAUGUGGUCAAGGAGUUCAACAAGCAUGACAAAGAACCUGGAAAAUAUAUCAAACAUUGGAGAGGCAUUAGACCAAAGACUGGAGCACCAUACUCCUGUGAUAUUGGUUAUGAACGGUUUUUAGGCCCUGAGGUUUUCUUUAGUCCUGAGAUCUACAGCAGUGAUUUUACUACUCCCUUACCAGUUGUAAUAGAUAAGUGCAUUCAGUCAGCACCAAUUGACACCAGAAGAGCUUUGUAUAAGAAUAUAGUUUUAUCUGGUGGAUCCACCAUGUUCAAAGACUUCCACAGAAGGUUGCAGCGGGAUCUGAAAAAGAUUGUUGAUGCUCGAGUACUUGCGUCUGAUACUCGGCUUGGUGGGGAAGUAAAAGCACAUCCUGUGGAAGUUAAUGUAGUUAGUCAUCCUAUCCAAAGAUUUGCGGUAUGGUUUGGAGGUUCUGUACUUGCAUCAACGCCUGAAUUUUUUGGGGCAUGUCACACAAAAGCGGAAUAUGAGGAAUAUGGAGCCAGCAUUUGCCGUACAAAUCCUGUUUUUAAGGGUAUGUAUUGAGGAAAAUAUCUGUUUGUCAGCUGAUUAUUGAAAAAGCAUUAUCUGAUAAUGCUCAAGUGCGUAACUUGCUAUUUCCACUUUCAUCUUGCACAUCAAGUUAAUUCCCUCAUUCCGGCUUUGCUUGGUGCUUGUGUGUAUUUGCUGUAAGAGGUGGUAUAAAACAUGGUAACCAGUCUCAAUUGCAGUGGUUAAGAAAGAGAAGUUCAUUUUUUAAUCUGGAGUUAAAAAGGGUCCUCACAGUCGCCUAGGAAUAUCAGAUAUAAAUCUGAGGAGCUGAAUUCCAUUUACAAUGUUUAGCUUACUUAGGGAUGUGAUAGAGAUUUUACAAAGUUUAGGUACAUUUUCUGUUAUAAAGCAAAAUUGGAGUAGUAAUUUUGAUCUAAGAAAUUUAUUUUCUGACAUUCUUGUAAUUGAUAUUAGUCCUUAGUUUGGUAUAAUAAUAUUAAUCGAGAUGUUAGCAAA